UACUCCAAAUUGAAUCCCAAUUCCAAUCCCUAAAAUUAAGCCGGUAUUCAAUAAUACCAAAUAAUGAUAAAUUUGGUACGAUAUUCGGUAUAUCCCAAAUACCUACCAAACUUCCAGCGCUACAUGCAACUCACUGAGCAGAGUUUUUGCCCAUCUCUACUCGAUAUGUCUAUCUCUACCUAUGUGGAUGUUGAUUCUGCAUGGUGUUUGGAUACCCAUUGAUCUACUUCUGAAUGGAUUGUGAAGUUGGGUUCUUUUCUGAGGUUAGUUCGGAACUUGUCUGGCUAUAUCGGUUGUUGGGCGAACUUGGUGUCUCAUGACCAUCUCCUCUUUUGCUAUUUGGAGACAAUGUUAGUGCAAUUCAAAUUCAAAUUACCACCAAUCAUGUUAUGCAUGAGCAUACUAAACACAUUGAAGUUCACGUGCAUUACAUUCGUCAACUUAUUACCUAUGGUUGGCUUCAUUUGCUGUAUUUGACGACGGAAGAUCAACAGACUGCAUCUUGCCGAAGUUGUCUCUACUAGUCGUCAUUGGUUCCUAUCACAUAAACUGAUGUUGCGUUAAGCACCAUCAGUUUGAGGGGAUAUUGACGUAUGCAUUUGGAGCUUAUUGUAAAGAUGUAUUUUAUAUGGUCUGAUUUGGUAAUCUGGCGCAUAACUAUGUGGCUAGGGUUGCGUGUUGAACGUGGACUAUAAAGUCUUGACUAGGGCCUAUAUAUCAUUGAAUAAUAAAAACUGAAGAACGCUUAGCCAUCGUAGAGUAAAAUCUGUCUGAGUGGCCGAAAAUCUUGUGUCAAUUUUCUUUAUGCUUUCGAUAUGAUAAUUUAACAGGGCUUUAAUUUCCAAAUUGGAAUUUUUAUUUUGCUCAUCAACUGACUUGGUAAUUUGAGCUGAGCUUGAUAAUGACUUGAAUGAGUGGGUUCGAGCCCAACUUGGUAGUAAGCCUCAUAACUGGCCUCAUCAAACAAAGUCCAACAUGAUAAUGGAUUUUAACAACAAAAAAACUCAGUUUGACGGCUACCAAGUACCAAAGUCCAAAGCAGCGAUCAUUAGACUAGAAGAACUGAAGAAGACCAAAAUUCGCAGCCCAUUUCAAAUGACCACUCCUUGGGCCUCUUCAAAAACUUGUUUCAUAAAAAAAAUAUGUCAUCCUCAAGGCCUUAACCCUCCUAUUCAAACCAUGGUCCAUGAAACCAUACCGUAUCGACGGUUCAACCACGAAAUACCAGUAUCGGAGGCUAAAUCGGUAGGCGGUAUUUAACGGUCUAACGGUUCAACUACGUUAAAACCACCGUUUUAUCAUAAAAUAUCAUACCGCUGACUUUUUCGGUACGAUACCCGGUACGGUUUCAUGGACCAUGAGUCAAACCCGUCUCUCCUCCGCUGCUCUCGCAGCCACAAAGGCAAAGACUGGUGUCAGAUCAGAAGGAAUGGUAACAUGCCGAAGAAGGAGAUACAACGGGGAGCUGGUGAUUACCACCGGUGGGACACAAAAGGAGUACAACAUGAGGUUUGGUCCGGAAACCAACCGUUCUGCCUGGUCAACCGCUUUGGCGUGCUCGUGGAAGUCGAGCAAGUCGACAAGUUACGGAAGAAGUUCGUGAAGCUGAUGCAGAUUAUGCAUUUCCCUGUGCUCAAGGGCGAGAUUGUUUUACCCGCUAGGAAGAAAUCUGGAAAGGAUCAAUAAGAAAGAAAGAAGAGGAAUAACUCGCAGCUAGUGUGGAGGUUAAGUGGGUCUUGGGCGGAAACCGUACAGGAGAUUAUAUCAGAAAAGUGAAUGGUAUGGUAUUUUGUACUAAAAAUUGUGGUUUAACCGUGAUUGAACUGUUUCCUAUCGCUAAAACCGCCUACCGUUUUGGGUCCGGUAUCCGGUAUUUCCAGUCCAACAGGCUGAUACAGUAGGGUUUCCUAAACCUUGGUUUUAGGUGGGUUUAAUUGGGUCCUUGUUCAGUUUGAGAAAUGCGAAGUACAAUAUGCCCUAAUAAAAAAUUGUAGAAGAUGUGUUCAAUAAAUGCCUUAAUUUAUU